GUUUCAAUAGUGAAGCCCAAAAUCAAAGCGAUGAUAUGUAUAUUAUUAUUAUUAUUAAGCUUUUCUUUAUUUUAAUUUAAUUUCUUAAUGCCGAGAAAGAAAAUUCCACGGGGAAAAGGCGGGUGAUGAGAACGAAAGCUACGAAAUGAGGGAGUGAAGAGGGAAAACAACAAAGCAGACGAAGAAGAACAGUAAUGGCUACUCCGUGGUACUUUGUAGCUGUUCUUCUCAUCAUCCUUACGAGCUCUCAGAUAUUAUUAGGUGGAGGAGAGAUUUGAUAAUGAGAGUUAAGUCAAUGGAGUCGGAGAUACCAUGUUUUUCCCAGCUUCCACGGCCCAGAUGUUCGUAGAUCAUUUCUCAGUCACUUACACAAAUACUUUACAAUCAACGGGAUCUUGACGUUCAAGGAUGGGGAGAUGGAGAGAGGCCACAUGAUCGGACCUAUGCUCGAACAAGCCAUCAGAGAAUCUAAGGUCUCCAUCGUUGUGCUCUCCAAGAACUACGCUUCUUCCAGCUGGUGCUUAGAUGAGCUGGUUGAAAUCUUCAAGUGCGAAGAUGAUCUGGACCAGAUUGUGAUGACCAUUUUCUAUGAUGUUGAUCCGUCCCACGUUCGGAAACAGAGCGGAGACUUCGGAACCGCUUUCGAGAAUACCUGUCAAGGGAAAACAAAGGAAGAGAAGCAGAGCUGGAGCAAAGCUUUGACUCGUGUCGCAGACAUAGCCGGAGAACACUAUCUGAAUUGGGAUGACGAAGGGGACAUGAUCCAAAAGAUCGCCAUUGAUGUUUCCGAUAAACUGAAUGUUACAAAGUCAAGGGAUUUUGAGGGGAUGGUGGGGAUGGAAGCUCACUUGAGGAAACUGCGCUCUUUGUUAUGCCUCAACAAGUGCGAUGAAGUGAAAAUGAUUGGAGUUUGGGGUCCUGCGGGAAUCGGUAAGACUACUAUCGCUAGAGCUUUAUUCGACCAACUCUCUACCGAUUUUCCGCGUAGUUGUUUCAUGGGGAACCUCAAGGGAAGCUGUAAGAGAAUAGUUGGUGCUGAUGACUAUGAUUCCAAGUUGUGUUUGCAAAACCAGCUUCUGUCCAAGAUCUUGAACCAAAAGAAUAUCAAGAUACAUCACUUAGGUUCUGUAAAAGAGUGGCUACAUGACCAAAGAGCGUUUAUCAUUCUUGAUGACGUAGACGAUGUAGAGCAGUUAGAGGUUUUGGCUGAAGAGCCUUCUUGGUUUGGUCCUGGAAGUCGGAUCAUCGUUACCACGGAAGAUCAAAAGAUUUUGAAAGCACAUGGGAUUCAAGAUAUCUACCAUGUGGAUUUGCCUUCGGAAAAAGAAGCUCUUGAGAUCUUAUGCCUAUCUGCUUUCAAACAACCUUCUCCACAAGAUGGGUUUGAAGAUCUUGCAAAUAAAGUAGCAAGGCUUUGCGGUAAACUCCCAUUAGGCCUUCGUGUUGUAGGUGCAUCUUUGCGUGGCGAGACCAAAGCCGAGUGGGAACUUCAGUUAUCUGGGAUUGAAACUCGCCUUGAUAGGAAAAUCGAAGAUGUGUUAAGAGUGGGAUAUGACAAGUUGUUGAAGAAACAUCAAUCCAUCUUUCUACACAUUGCUUGCUUCUUCAAUAAUGAUGAUGUUGACCAUGUGACAUCAAUGCUUGACAGUAACUUGGAUGUCAGAAAUGGUCUGAAGAUCCUAGCCGAUAAAUCUCUGGUGCAUAUAUCUACUGAAAAGAAGAUAGUGAUGCACUAUCUACUCCAAAGAUUGGGUAGACAGGAAGUUGUUGAACAGUCUUACGACCCGGGGAAACGUCAGUUCCUAAUAGAGGCUCAAGAUGUUCUCAAUGUACUUGUAAAUGGAACAGGUACUGGAUCUGUCAAAGGUAUAUCGUUGGAUAUGUUCAAGACUGGCGACUUGGUGAUAAGUGGACGAGCAUUUGAAAAAUUGUGUAACCUCCAGUUUCUAAGAGUUCACUCCACAGCUGCAAAUGCUGGCUUGGUCCACAUAAAUGGGGACAUGGAAUAUCUACCUCGUCUGAAGCUACUACGUUGGGAUUCAUACCAAGGAACACUUCUUCCUCCAACGUUUCGUUCGGAAUGUCUCAUCGAGCUCAAUAUGCCAUCAAGCAAGCUUGAGAAGCUUUGGGGAGGAAUCCAGCCCCUUGCGAAUCUGAAGAAGUUAAAUUUGAACUUUUGUAAUAAGUUGAAAGAGAUCCCAAACCUUACGAGAGCUACUAAUCUGGAGACGUUGACACUGAUCCACUGCAAAAGCUUGGUGGAGUUUCCCUCUUUUAUAUUGGAUCUACAAAAACUAGAAACGCUGACGCUGUGGGGAUGCAAAAAGCUACAAGUUGUUCCAAUGAGCAUCAACUCAUCAGCAUCUCCUGCGGAUGUCAGAAGGAGUUAUUGCUCAGGGAUACGAAAUUAUCCAGAUAUUUCUAGGAACGUCAAGAAUCUCUAUGGAGGAGGCACGGAGAUAGAACAAGCUCCUCCAUUGCGCGACCUGCAUCGUUACCGUAUUCCUUGGGCUGAUGUAGGUGACAGAGACCACAAGAGAGAGAGCAUAAGGGAUCUAAACCUAAGCUACAGAGAUAUAGAGAAGAUUCCAUCUUACGUUAGAGCUAUGGAUGGGCUACACACUCUUAUCAUCAAAAACUGUAGAAAGCUUGCGUCAGUGGCGGGUCUUCCCUCUUCGAUCAAGUACAUACACGCAGACAACUGUGUGUCACUUGAGAGAGUGACACUCCCACUAGUACGUCUCCAAGAUCCAAUCAAGGAACUCAUAUUCCACAACUGUUUGAGACUGAGUGAAGAAUCAAGGCGAGCAAUCAUACAACACAGGGUCGCCAGGUAUGUAUGCUUACCCGGUGUCAAUAUCCCUGUAGAGUUCACUCACAAAGCUUCAGGAAACCGCAUAAGCAUCUCUUCGGAGACUUUCUUUGCGUCCUCGAGAUUCAAAGCUUGCCUCAAGCUUUCGCCAAUCAGUGAUCACGGACAGCUUCACAUAUCUUGUUAUAUAAGAAGCAAAGGAGACGUCCUCGUCAAUGAAAUUAACUAUAUUCAUUUGACUUCAGACAACUCGCCUCUGAUUCUCAUGGAACAUCUGUUUAUAUUUCGUGGUGACUUGAUUGGUCACCAAAACAACAGAUCCUCCUCACAAGUGAGCGAGAUACUGUUUGAAUUCCAGGGCGGGAGUAAGUACAAGGUAGCUGCGUGUGGUGUAAGGAUCUUGAACGGGGAAGAUGAGAAUCGCAUCACCGAAUUGGACGACUCUAUCAGCAACCACAACUCGGAUGAAGAUGGAGAGUAUAAAGCAGAAGAAGAAGCUGGUAAGGAUUCUCAGAGUGAAGACAUCAAAAGCAGUACUGGAUAUACAGGUUUUACACCAAGGAGAAAACAGAGUAGAUGUACAGCUUGUUGGAGUUGGCCUUUGAAACUUUUGGUCUGUAGAAGAAGAAGAAGAACAACAACAACAACUGAACGGAGUUCGAAACUGAAUCUGUUGACUGAAUUCUCCACACCAGAGGAUCUAAACACAUGGACCCGCAAGAAGCAGGCCCCAACUAUGGGAAGAAAGUCCCAACUAUGGGACGAAAGUGACUAGUGAGCUCCGAGCUUCGCCUCAAGACAAGUUUCAUGUUGUGAUUAGAGCGAAAAACUCUCCCAAAGAAGACACUUUUCAGUCUUCACCGAGCCGUACAGGUGAAGUGCUAAUCUUAGCAGUCUCACGGAUCAUAUCAGUAAGGGUUGCCUCUAUGUUGUCUUCAUACAAAUUGACCUGCUUCAAACCAGACUAAUGUAUACGCUUCUUUUGAAAAGAAAAUGUCGUGGGAGGCCAUUUAUAUUUUUUAUGGCCCAUAAGUUAAUAGCAGUGAAGCCCAAAACCCAAAUAUCAAAUCCACGUAUGUAAGUUUACUUUAUUUUAAUUGAAUAUUUCUCUAAUGGCGAGAAAGAAUAUUUCACGGGGAAAAGGCGGUGAUGUGAAUCAUGUGAAUCAAAAAUACAGUUAGAGAAAGAGAACGAAAGCUACGAAAUGAGAGAGUGAAGAGAGAGAAAACAACAAAGCAGAGGAAGAAGAACAGUAAUGGCUACUCCGUGGUACUUCGUAGCUGUACUUCUCACCAUUCUUACGAGCUCUCAGGGAAUUUUAACAACUCUUUCUCAAAGUGAUGGAGGCUAUAAGUACGAUUAUGCUACGGUUCCUUUUCUUGCCGAAGUCUUUAAGCUGAUCAUUUCUGGUUUAUUCCUCUGGAGAGAGAUGCGAACAUCUUCCUCGGCAACUGCGAGGAUCACUAAGGAUUGGAAGAGCGUGCGCCUAUUUGUUAUUCCUUCGCUGAUAUAUCUGAUCCAUAACAACGUUCAGUUUGCUACAUUGACGUAUGUGGACACAUCCACUUAUCAGAUAAUGGGCAAUCUGAAGAUUGUGACCACUGGCAUUCUCUUUAGGUUAUUUUUGAAGAGGAAAUUGUCAAACCUUCAGUGGAUGGCUAUUGGUCUUUUAGCUGUUGGAACUACUACUAGCCAGGUUAAGGGAUGCGGAGAAGCUUCAUGUGAUUCGCUAUUCACAGCACCAAUACAAGGGUAUCUGUUAGGCAUCCUCUCAGCUGGUUUGUCGGCACUAGCCGGAAUCUACACAGAGUUUCUGAUGAAGAGAAACAAUGACAGCUUAUACUGGCAGAACUUGCAGUUGUAUACGUUUGGUUCAAUUUUCAACGUUGCUCGACUUAUAGCAGAUGAUUUCAGACUCGGGUUUGAAAAGGGUCCUUGGUGGCAACGCAUCUUUGAUGGGUAUAGCAUCACCACUUGGUUGGUUGUUCUGAAUCUCGGAUCCACCGGCUUACUUGUCUCGUGGUUAAUGAAGUAUGCAGACAAUAUCGUCAAGGUUUAUUCUACGUCAAUGGCGAUGCUACUUACUAUGGUUGCAUCCAUAUACCUCUUCAGCUUCAAACCAACAGUCCAGCUUUUCUUGGGUAUUGUCAUAUGCAUCAUGUCACUCCACAUGUACUUUGCUCCUCCACAAACGCUGGUGGACUUGCCGGUGACAAACGAAGCACAUCCCAAGACCUUAAAGCAAGUUAUCGUAGAAGAAAAGACAGACUCUUGAUUCGAAUGUAGGGAAAGCAUUUGCUAUCGUACAAAACUCUUUCAUCCAUAUAGAAAAGCAUUUGCUAGUAAAUGAUCUUUCUUCUAGCUUCUUCACCUUCCUUAGAAUCAGAAAUCUUUGGUUAUGACUACUUUUAAAACAAUGAUCUUAUAAAAUUCACGUGCCGGUUCUAUUUUUUUCUUCUGUAUAUGUACAUUGAGGUGCCCAAAGUAGUAAAUUCGCUUGAAGCCUUUGUAAGAGUGUACCACAGAUAGAACUAUUUCUUUUUUUUUACCCUCACUUACCUUGCGUGUCGCGAGUUGUUUA